AUGUCGAUUUCGUCAAUCGAUUACGAUGGAUUACUAUCGGACAUAAAUGAGAGACUAGCAAGGUUGCAUGAGUUGGAGAAGCUACUAGGAAGUGUUGGCCAGGAUAUUGCGGAAGCCAACGCCAAGGCCAACGAAUUGAAUAAGCAAGUCGGCGAUCUUCGUCUUCAGGCGAGGGAAGAGAAGGCGGACUCAGCUACCAGUGAAAAUGAGGAGAGAAAUAAGGCUGAAAGCGACAAGAAGACAAUUGAAGUUCAAAUGACUGGAAGUCGUCAGAAAAUGCAGUACUUAGAACGACAAAUAACUAACGACGAAUUGGAGCUAACACGAAUGGAAAAAUUCAUCUACAAUGCAAUGUACAAAGCGAACUCCCUGGAUAGUCGGAUUCUCAGGAUGGAGAGUAACAAGACUUUCGACUCGGAUGGUAUAGCACUGGAAAACCAUGUUCGACACCUUCAAGAACAGUAUGACGAUCAGUGUCAGAGUUCAAAGAGUCUGGCUAAUAUGAUUGAACAGUUCUUUAGCGAAAAACGACUACUCUAUCUUCAGACGGAGAAACUGAAAGAGCUCAUUCAAAAGGAGUCUUCCGAAAUGGACAACGUAAAUCUUUAUAUAACCACUGCCAGCCGAAGCCUCGAGGCAGCUAUUCGAGACAGAAACGACCUUUUGGUUUUCUUCAAUCUCUGCCGCUAUCAGUUGAGACGAGCGGAAGAACAGUGUCGACUGUGGAAAGAAUGCUCAUUAAGUGCUGAGGUUCGUUCAAAAACAAUAGCUGCACUAACCAGGGAACUAGAAGAAGAAUCUUCCGCACGGGUCUUUAAAGUCGAAGCUAAAAUGCGAACUAUAGGGCAAGAUAUUUCCCGAAUCAAAACUGACCUCGCACGAAGGCAACGGCGUGUAGAUCAACUUAUGGCUAGAUACGAUAUUGAGACUUCAAAGAUUUCGGGGGAUGAGGAAAUUGGCUUCGAACAGGCGCAUAUUAAUUUAAUUGUCAAGUCCUUAGUGGAACACACGGAGUUGCAGGCGAAAGGUGACGAACUUGACCAGGAAGUCAAGAAGGCGGAAGAGGAGUUGAAAGCCCUUGAAAAUACACUUCUGGUAAUGACCACUCUGAACGAAAAUGCUCGUUCCUAUACUGCUAGCCAAGAUCCAGAACUAACGAAAAAUAAAGAAGAUUUGGUAGAAAAGUUUAAUAUCUCUUCGGAAAAGUUGAGGGCCGCUCGCGAGAAUCGUCGAAUCAUACGUGCCGACAUUCUUCGAUAUGAGGUAGAGUUAGAUUCUUUGGAAGAAAAUAUCUCCAAGAUGCGGAAAAUCGCCGCAAUCCAUGAGAUGGAUAUUGCAAAAUUACGGAAAACAAACGAGGAACUAGACUGUAAACUCAAAAGAGCUCUGAGAGCACUUACACUAGUCAAAACUAAGGCUCUUCAAACCAACUCAUCUGUGAGAUCAGAUAUCGAAAUCAAACUUCUUAAAGACUUCAAUGAAUCCGUGAAUAACCUCCUGGCUUUCAGUAUUAAGUCUUCUCCAAACGUCAAUGAAGAUGUUCUUAACAUAGCCCAGGAACUGUGCAAGAAGUAUGGACUUAAGACUCCGUCACCAGCCAGUAGCGUAGACAAUAGCAGAACCUUUGAUAGCGGGCAAAAUCGUCAAAGUGUAGAAUCCGGGACGUCAAUUGCAAAGGUGGUUGAUCUCAAUGCCUCAGAUAUGCUGGGGGCGAUCGAUGAGAAAAGGCCGCUUUCAAAAACUCCUGUCAGAGAAGGCUCCAAUACCAAGAAGAAUAUUUCACGUCCAUCCAGUUCAACAUCAUCUGCCACUCUAUCAAUCCGCAGUAUAAAUGAUUUCUUCUACUAA